UCUUACUGUCUCACUUCUUGCUUCCGAUUUGCCAAUCUUGUUCGCCUACCUCAACAUUUCCGGUCACUGGCAACCAUCUAAAGCCAACGUCGUAGUUGCCGUCGGCCUUCACUAGCACCGGAGAAGAGCCAAGAGCCGGCGACUUCUUUCCCAAAUCAACCUAUUCCAUCCAUCGACCUCCUCAAUUCGCCAGCCGGCCAGCCGCUACCGGCGGAUAUGUUCGUAUGUUAUCUACGACGCUCGCAGUCAUCGCAUCGACUCCCACUAGUCGCCAGCGCUUUGCAGCUAGCAACGAGGACCUGCUCGAUGUUGCGGUCAGACGCCCCCACUACCUCUCCAUUGCUUAGUUAGGGCUUUGAUUGAAGAACGGCAUUUUGGAUUUUGAUUAGUUUUCCAAUUGAUUUUGGUUACAGAUUGGGCGACUAACAUUUGGAAUAGAUGUUCAGAAUUAAAAGUAGGUUAUCGACUAAGCUAUUGAAUAUAACUGUAGCAUGUCUUUGUAAAGCCAAACAACUGGAGAAAGCGGAGACAGUGAUAAUUGAUGGUAUAAGAGUAGGAGUGCCAGCAGAUGUGGUGACUUACAAUACGCUGAUUACAGCAUACUGUUGUUUUGUAGGCAUUGAUGCAGGUUAUUCCAUUCUUCAUAGAAUGAAAGAAGUUGGGAUUAAGCCAGAUGUUAUUACCUAUAACUCUUUGAUAGCCAGUGCUACCAGGCAUGGCAUGUUAUCUAGAUGCCUUGAUCUGUUGGAAGAAAUGCUUGAGGUUGGUAUUCUUCCUGAUACCUGGAGUUACAAUACAUUGAUGCAUUGUUUGUUUAGAUUGGGAAAACCAGAUGAAGCAUACAGGUUUUUUCAGGACAUUUUUUUGGGAGACAUCCCCCCUUGUCCAGUCACAUUUAAUAUUCUAUUGAGUGGUCUUUGCAUGAAUGGGUAUACAGAGAAGGCUCUUAUGUUAUUUAGGGACUUAAAACAUUCUGGAUUCGUUCCACAGUUAGUAACAUACAAUAUCCUUAUUCAUGGGCUUUGCAAUUCAGGACGAUGGGCACCUGCAAGAAGGCUUCUCAACGAACUAGUAGAUAUAGGCUAUAAUCCAAAUGCCAUCACUUAUACUACAAUAAUGAAAUGUUGCUUUAGGUCAAGACGGUUUGAAGAAGGGCUUCAGAUCUUGGAAGAGAUGAGAAGGAAAGGAUAUAUAUUUGAUUCAUUUGCUUACUGUACAGUCAUUAGCUUUUUAAUUAAGGCAGGCAGGAUGAAGGAUGCAUAUGAUUGUGUAGGGAAUAUGAUUAUGAAUGGCAUUGAGCUUGAUUUAGUGGCUUACAACACCCUUAUUAAUUUGUAUUGUAAGGAAGGCAAGCUGGAUAAUGCCUAUAUGUUGGUGGAUGAGGCAGAAAGAAAAGGAUUUGACUGUGACAAAUACACGCAUACCAUUAUAAUAGAUGGGUUGUGCAAGGCUGGAAAUAUGAAAGAGGCACUUCGUCAUUUGAACUGCACAAAACUGAUGGGUUUUGAUUCAAAUUUGGUUGCUUUCAACUGCUGUAUUGACGGGUUGUGCAAAGUUGGUGAGGUUGAUUAUGCAUUGAGUGUGUUUAAAUCAAUGGAUGAGAAGGAUUGCUUUACCUAUUCCUCACUGGUGCAUGGUCUUUGCAAGGCUGGGAGGUUUCGUGUAGCGUCCGAGCUAUUGCUUUCAUGUAUUAUCGGUGGCAUGAAGAUUCUAAAAUCAGAUAGAGAAGUGGUUAUUGAAGGUCUUCAGCAUUCUGGGUUUAUUCAGGAAGCAAGCAAGCUCCAUUCUAAAAUUCAGUUGACCAAGAUAUUGAACUAAUGAUGACCUAUCAAAAGAAGAUAUUGUGCUACAGAAGGCAAGAAUGAUGAAAAUGUUGUUCUAGCAUCAAGGAAGACUAGGAUUAUGUGGACUGUGAAGAUCUCUUGAUCUUUGUAAGGGCCUCUUUGCAAAUUGUAAGAGCUAUACCUUGCUGAUCAUUUUGCCAAAGUCUACUCGAGAUUGAUUGCAUGGAAAAUGGCAAUUCUGGCUUUCUUAUACAGUUAUGUGCCAUGAGAAUUUAACACAGCCUUUGACAGUCUUCAUCAGCAGGCCUCUUCAUUAUCAACUGGUAUUCAUGCAGUGAUGAGGUGAAUGAAAAUGCUGUGAUGUACCCCCGAUCUUUUGUAUACUUGUAUGCACACUUGGGAAUGCAGCUUCUGGGAUUAGCUAAAAACCGUAAACCUGGCACAGGAUUCAAAUGGUCCAUAUGCCUGACACUGGAGGAGCACCAUUUAUACUCAGGUUCGGUGCUCAAAUAUUCUGUGUAUGGGUGGGUUUAGAACUAGAGAUGUGCAACUUUUCAAUUAUCUCAAAGCCAUAGUGGAAUUCAUGGCCUCAAGGUUCAAAUUCCCGGUAUUAACAGCAGUUAACGGAAUUAUUAAUUGAAUCAAUGGAGCCUCUGUGUCAUGUUCAAGAUCAAUGCCUUUUUGGGUCACCAUCUUGAAUCCUUGUUUCCCACACCAUUUUGAAUCCUUGUUUCCCACAUCAUCAGAAUGAGUUACCUGCAAUGGAGUCUGGUGACCUUAAUCAGAGUAAUCCUUGCAGAAAGAUCAUCAGAUGAUGAUUCAAUAUGUGCAGAAAUUCAGGAAGCUUCAAGCUAUCACAAUUCACAAGUGUACAUAUUCAAAGCUUGUGGAUUAUUAUAAAAUAUAAACAAAUUCAUUGUCGUGUUAUUGUGAAAUAAAUAUAUUUACCAGAUUGUAAUUGUAAUACAUUGUAUGCUAUCCGAAAAAGCACGAGUCAAGCUUGAUAAAGCUACCAUCAAUUUUAGUUAAUAAAAAACUUAAGACUUGCUUCUCAUA